AUGCGCUUGCGUAUUAGAAACAUUAUUAUAGAAAGUCUUUAUCCACACACAAUAUUUGGAGUAUCGUUAAACGAUUGCUUAGAACAAGAGCGGUCAUCAAGAUCUCACUUAAAGGUUCCAACCGAGGCUCAAUAUGUGCCAAAAUCCCCACGUGGGAGAAGCAGUUUUUCAAGUUACAUUGAAGUUCCCAAAGAUUCUAGUGAGCGAUCACAUUCCUGUGACUCUACAUCAAGCACACCUGUCAGUGAGUUGAUUAAGACUUUCACAAGUUCUAGUUCAGAUAUUUUAUCUGAUGAUAAUGAUAGUGACAUUAAAUCAAACAAAAACGGAGUUCCUAGUUUUGUCACAUCAUGCCUGAACUACUUAGAAACAUAUGGGCUUCACAAAGUUGGAGUAUUCCGGAUAAGUAGUUCGAAAAAACGUUUAAGACAGCUUCGAGAAGAUUUCGAUCACGGGAAAACGUUAGAAGAAACAUUAUCAAAAAAUGAAGAUCACGUACACGAUGUAGCUACUUUAUUAAAAGAAUAUUUUAGAGCAUUACCCGAUGCAUUACUCUGUAACGAUCUUUAUCAAUGUUUCAUACAAACACAGAAAAUACGUAACAGGCAUUUGCAACUGGAUGCAAUUAAACAUCUUAUACAAUUGUUACCUGUGGCAAACCGUAAUACACUCCAUGCACUACUUAUGUUUUUGAGUAAUAUGGCAAAAUUUUCAGAAGAUUCAAAAAAUAUAAACGGUCAUUUAGUAGAAGGUAAUAAAAUGGAUGCAAGUAACUUAGCUACGCUAUUUGCACCAAACAUCCUUCAUAAGCCUAUUAAAGAACUUAGUUCCAAUGAUUUAAGUGAAGAAAUGACAAUGGAAAGAAGAUUAGCAAUUGACGUAGUUACAGCUCUAAUUGUAAAUUACGAAUAUUUAUUUAAGGUACCAGCUGACCUCCUCGAUGAAGUAUACGUCCAUAUGCUUGAUACAAACCCAGAAGGUCUAGACAAUGUGAUGAGAUUACGAUUUUCGAACCUCGAGAAAACUAUCCAAAAUGGAUCCACUCAAGAUUCAAAAGAAACUUUGUUAAAUGUACAAGAUAAAACUGGAACAAGUGUUUCUCCAGAAUUUGAGUCAUCAAAACAUUUGGAAAGUCAGGAAAAAAAAAUUUGGACAAGAGGAGAAUUCACACACCAAAAUUCCGGAAUAGGGGGAUCGGACGAUAAUGAAGAUUAUAGAUAUAAGCCUAGAGAAAGAGAAACCAGAAGAAGCCGGAGUAAAGGAGUGACGGCUUUUUUUCCGGAUGAUGUUGAAGCAUUUACUUACCCAGUAUUUGAACGCAUGCAAAUGAGUAAAAAGCCUGAAAAAAUGUCAAGUAAUCAAAUACAUGCCAACGGAAACCAAGUAAAUGAUUAUGACGGCGUUAUAACUGCCAGUUUAAUGAUACCCGUGCCUAUUAAACAACUACCUAAUUCGUCAUACCCAUUGAAUGUAGAGGACACCGAUAUACCAUAUAUUGAAGACGAGAGCAGACAAAGUAAUAGUUCUACAACAAAUUAUCAUCGUAUGUUAGCUACGGUAUCUUCAGACAGUAGUUCCAUAUCCAGCCCACCGACUUCACCUGAUAAUGUCUCUGGAACAACAAAUUAUACUGCAGAUUAUUAUCAUAGAAAGACUACAAAAUCUGACCAAAGGAGUAUGCAAUCCAUUAAAGACUUAUCGAAAGAUAUCGACUCCGAUCACUAUAAAGCAGAAAAAAAAGUAAAAGAAAAGGAUAUAAAAUUUUAUCAGAAAAUAUUAUCCAGCACAGGUCUAGAUAGGCUGUCGAAAAGUGCUAGUUCUACUGGUGUAACUAAGACUUCUGUGUACAAAGAUAAGUUGAAACACGGACCCGACGAUACGACAUUAUCUCCAGAACCCGUGAAAGUAUGCUCCAGCAUAACGAACAUAGGCGGCGCGGUCCUGCGGUCCAAGACGGCCGACAUCGAACACAUACUGCGGAAACAGGCGGCUCUGAAGCCGAGGAAGGUCAGCCAGUCGUCGGAACCGUCGCCGGGCCACGAGAAACCCAAACGGAAGACUUCGGCCGAAGCCACGAGACAUCCGCUGAGGAUAGAGCCCGAUCCGAACGUGGGCGAGAGGCUGGCCGGAUGUUCGUCUUACCGGUCCCCGUCACCCACGAGGAACGUCUGGAGACGGAAGGACGUCAUAUCCAGCAUGCCCAAGUACAAAAAACCGUACAACUGA